AUGAAGCUAAAUGUGGCUCAGCAGGAGCGUCAGCAACAGAAUUUGGAGGAUGCCUUAAAGGAGAUGGACAAACCUUUGGCUCGCCACAUUGAUGACUAUGAUUUGGACCGCAUGCUACGGGAGCAAGAACGGGAGGGAGAUCCUAUGGCUGGCCUCCUUAAGAAGAAGAGGGAGAGUCAGGACAAGAAAGCAAAGCCGCAGUAUUCUGGACCAGCACCCCCUCCAAACAGGUUCAACAUUUGGCCUGGAUAUCGCUGGGAUGGUGUUGACAGGUCAAAUGGUUUUGAACAAAAACGUUUCUCAAGACAUGCAAACAAGAAAGCUAUGAAGGAAAUUGCGUAUAAAUGGAGUGUUGAAGACAUGUAAACCUGAUGAACUGGCAAGCAACAAGGUGCUUGGUCCAAUACGUUUAUAUGCAAAAUUUACAAGGGAGAGAGACAACACUUGUCCAACAAAAUCAUUGCAAGCAGCUGUCCCUCCCUUUGGUGUUUUAUCACCAAUCUUCUCAGGGUUUUGGACAAUAGCUGCUGUUCUCUCUGAAAUGAGUACCAUCUUCCACACUGACUGGCUAGAAGAAAAGAGUCAAGAAAUGUCUAGAUUACGUCAUAUGUACCACUUGUCCAGGCUGUAUCAAAUGAGCUCUGGAGUUUUUCACACUUUAAUGACGACAGAUAAGUAGUGCAGUGUUGUAGUAAUUUAAAGUCAUCACUAGAGGAAACUGUUCGCUAAAUGGAAGUCUCGACAGGGCAAACAGAUUGCCCAUUGAGGAGAUGCUGCUAUUAGUAUGUAUGGUCUACAGUGCAGCAAAUCAUAGUAGCCAGUCGAAAUGUGCCAGAAAAGUUACUCUAGAAAAUAUGUACAGAUGUUCAUGGACUUUUUCACGCAGGACCAAACAUGUUAACAGAUAAAUAAGUAUCACUACUGCA